GUUUUCAGUGUUGUGCAAGAUGAGGGCAGGCGUGUUAGACCUGCUGUUUGUUAUGAUGUGAGGUACCAGAGCAGUACAGUGAUUACACAUUGUACAGUUUUAUGUUAGCAGCGAACGUACAAGUAUCUUUACGGAUGUACAUUUAACCGAAGGGGACAACUAAUCGCAGUGCUAACGUUAGCUGUUUUUUCCAGGCUUAACGACGAAGGAAACAACGAAGUGUUGUUAUCCACACUCAUGAAAUUAAUACUCGCUGGGGAAACAUCCGUCUUUCUCGAUUUGUAUCUUAUGGACUGGGACGUUUUGUCGAAGAAGACAGAUAAUACGGAUUAAUGCCUUCAGAUAAACAACAGUGUUGUGUUGAUAUUUGUGUAGCAUCUUUACAGAUUUAUGCUAACAUUGAAUGUGUAACGUUCCUAGCUCGCUGAUGUUGCUUAGGUUUAUGGGUUGCUAUAGUUUGUAUAUUUUAGAUAGAGGCAGGUUAAAUUAUUCAGCAUCACCAAACCAGGUAAAUGUUAUUUACAUUCUAUUGUUUUCAUGAUUGCAAAGACCUGCUGUAGGCAGCAGCUAUGACGAUAGGUGUAGCCACAGGGUUAUAUCACUGUCAGGCUAACAGAUAGCUCAGCGUCUGCAGCUGCUUCCGACUUUGCAUGGUCAUGUCUAGCAGGCUUGGCAUCAUGUAGCCUAUCCGUCUGAACAGGAAAGGUGACUGGGGACACAGUGCGUUUAGGCAGCCUCGUUGGAGAGAAAUGCAAAGCUAGGUUGCAGUUAUCCAACAGGAUCAAAGGCUGACAGCUAGCACUGAUACAGUUUAGCUCAGGAUUGUUGCUAACCAUGUUCAAAGCCGUCUGUUCUGUGUGAUAUUACAAACAUCCCGACCUAAUCAGAGGGCACGCGAAUACAUCAUGUCCUGAAGGCUUCUCUUAUUUAUGCAAUAAGGUUGAUCAGAGCAGCCUGUCAUGCAAUAGACCCGCAGUGAAAGAAGCAGCAUCACCAGGACUGAGUAGAUAAAUUGCUCCAGGAUUAUUUUCUGAAGAGAAGGUUAUCCACCAGUGCCUAGCAUCAGCUGGCCUGUCAGCCCAUUAUAAUGGAGACCGUGGGAGAUUUUGAGUACAGCAGAAAAGACUUGGUUGGACAUGGAGCCUUUGCUGUGGUAUUCAAAGGAAGACACAGGAAGAAGACCGACUGGGAGGUGGCAAUCAAGAGCAUUAAUAAGAAGAACCUGUCCAAGUCGCAGAUUCUUCUUGGCAAGGAAAUCAAAAUCUUAAAGGAGCUGCAGCAUGAAAACAUUGUGGCACUUUAUGAUGUCCAGGAAACACCCAACUCUGUUUUUCUGGUCAUGGAGUACUGUAAUGGAGGUGAUCUUGCUGACUAUCUGCAAGCUAAGGGGACCCUGAGAGAAGAAACACUCAGGGUUUUCCUCCAGCAGAUUGCUGCUGCCAUGCGCAUUCUCAACAGCAAAGGAAUCAUCCACCGUGACCUGAAACCCCAGAAUAUCCUGCUGUCCUAUGUGGGUCGCAAGAAGUCCAACAUCAGUGGCAUCCGCAUCAAGAUAGCUGACUUUGGCUUUGCACGGUACCUCCAGAGCAAUAUGAUGGCUGCCACACUGUGUGGGUCACCCAUGUACAUGGCCCCGGAGGUUAUCAUGUCCCAGAACUAUGAUGCCAAAGCUGACCUGUGGAGCAUCGGGACGGUCAUCUACCAGUGUCUGGUUGGCAAACCGCCAUUCCAGGCCAAUAGUCCCCAAGACCUGAGGAUGUUCUAUGAAAAAAACAAGAAUCUACAACCUAUUAUCCCAAGGGAGACAUCCCCACAACUUAGUGACCUUUUGCUUGGGCUGCUACAAAGAAAUCAGAAAGACAGGAUGGACUUCAACACGUUUUUCAGCCAUCCUUUCCUGGAGCCGUACUCCACCAUCAAAAAAUCAUGUCCGGUGCUGGUCCCCAGUGCCUCCAAUACAGUGACAGACAGUUCCUGUGGCAGCUCACCAUGCAUCCGCUUCAAUUCUCCUCCUUCUCUCCCAGACAUGCAGACUUUAACAGAAGAUGGUCUUUCAUCAUCUCCACUCGGUCCCCCUAACAUUCUGCAGCUGUCCAAAGAGUCUGGAGAAAGCACCAGUAGUAAGAAUUCAUCUUGUGACACUGAUGACUUUGUCCUGGUGCCUCACAUCUCCACUGACAGCUAUGACCAACCAAUGGGAGCAUGUCGUCGGCCAUCCAGCGAGUUUCUCAUGUGUGGAGGGCAGCCACAACCCACCCCGGGACAGACUCCCAUGGUGUCUCCAUGGACUGAGACCACCCCCAUCCCUGUUCCCACCCAGGUUCGUAACUACCAGCGCAUCAAGCAGAACCUCUCUAGCAGCCCAACCACCACGCUCUACAGCUCCCCCAGGUCUGGCACUGUGAGGCGCUCUAACACUAGUCCCAUGGGGUUUCCCAAAAUGGGUUCAGGGUCCCCUAACUCUGCAGAUGUGUCUCAGACAGUGGGUCGACGCCUCUCUACCGGCAGCUCUCGGCCCUAUUCACCCUCACCUCUUGUGGGCACCAUCCCUGAGCAGCUGGGUCACUGCUGUUAUCACCUGCAGAACCAAGAGCCUCGCAGCCGGAGCUCCUCAGGAGGUUCUCCUGUUCCUUCCCCUCAGCUGCUGGGGGCUCGGCUCCAGAGUGCCCCCACCCUGACUGAAGUAUAUCAGACCAGGCAGAAGCUUCACAAGCAGCUGUCAGACCCCGUUAAGCCUUCAUCGUCCUCCUGCAGUCACUCUCCUCAGCUAAGCCGCCUGGCCAACCUCGGCUCCUCCCCCACCAAACUGUUGGGUUCCUCCCCCCGUACCUCCGAUUGGCUACAGAAGUCCCCGCUGCCCACCAUCAUCGGCUCACCUACUAAAACCAUUUCAACACCAUUCAAGAUUCCCAAAACGCAGGCGUCCUGUAACUUGAUGGCACUGGCAGACAGCCCAGGCCCAACCAGGACACUGGCUGAUGGCCGGGAUAUCUGUGCCCACCACAGCAGCCCGUACUUUACAGGACGGCCAGCUGCCCCGGAGGCCAGUCGCACCUUUGGCAGGUCUGUCAGUACAGGUCGUCUGUCUGAGCAGCCAGUCAGAAUCACUCUUGGUGGACAGGCCUAUCAGGGCAGUACUGACAGUCUGAACACAGAGCGACCCAUGGACACAGCCCCUCCAGGUCCCACUGCACUGGCUCAGGGUGGGUCAGUCAGUCCUCGUACUGUUCUUUUUACCGUGGGCUCACCACCCAACAGCACCACUCCUCCUACCUGCAGCAAUCUGGGCAUCCGACCACGCACCACCUCAGUGGGCUCCAAUAGUUCGGCUGGCUCUCUGUGUUCCACCAGUGGUCGGGUCUAUGUCGGAUCACCCCCAGGCAUGGCCAUGGGCUCUUCUCCUCCAGGAGGUUUUGGGGGUGGGCAGGUCCCUGUGGCAGAGGGGGCACCCAGCAGUCUGCGCUAUGUUCCUUAUGGGACCUCCCCUCCAAGCUUGGAAGGAUUCAUCACCUUCGAAGCCCCUGAGCUGCCUGAAGAGACCCUGAUGGAGCGUGAGCAUACAGACACACUGAUGCACCUACGAAUGAUGCUUUCCUUCACUGACUGUGUCCUGGAGAUGGCGGCAGUUCGAGCUGGAGGGACAGAGCUUGGCAUGUCGGCUGCCUCCCUCUACCCUCCUCAGGACAGUGUGGUUGUGGACCAGAUAAGCCAGCUCAGCAAAGAGUGGGGGCAGGUGGAGCAGUUGGUGCUCUACAUGAAGGCAGCCCAGCUCCUGGCUUCCUCCCUCCACCUAGCCAAGGCUCAGAUUAAAUCAGCCAAGCUAAAUCCUUCCUCUGCUGUUAAACAGGUGGUGAAGAAUCUGAAUGAGCGUUACAAAAGCUGCAUCUCCCUCUGCCGGCAGCUGACUGACAAACUGAACCACUUCUUCUCUGAUAAGCAGCGCUUUGUGGAUGAGAUCAACAGUGUCACCGCAGAGAAGCUCAUCUACAAUCAUGCUGUGGAGAUGGUUCAGUCAGCAGCUCUGGAUGAGAUGUUCAAGCAGACGGAGGAUAUAGCCUACCGCUACAGCAAGGCCGCCAUGCUGUUGGAUGGCCUGUCCAAGAUUCUACAGGACCCCACUGACAUUGAGAAUGUGGUCAAAUACAAGGCCAGUGUGGACCGCAGGAUCUCCGCCCUCUGCUACUGCACUGUCACACUGUAUGAGUAGUAGCCCUUACAUAAACACACACAGAUGGGCCUUGCCCUAAGACUGUUGACUACUAUCUUCACAAAGCCGCUGUUUCAUCCUGUAGCAGUUAAAGCACUUUUCAUUUGAUAGGUUUUAUCUGUAUUUAUCAUCAGUUAGUUUUACUGGCUGCAUCACGAACUGAAUGGUGACAAGUGACUGAUGCACAAUUUCCAACCAAAGAUAACUACGGAUCCAGAAACAAAGGCUGAAAUCUCACCCUACUUACUGUAUGAUGUCAGUGGUUAUUUACUCUAUGUUUAAGUUGUUAAAGAUCUUUAUUUAUUGGUUCAAAGAUGUUUGAGACUCUUGCCUAUCUUGAAAAUCUAAAGUAUUAGAGAGUGGCAGGAAAUGGAAGGCUACACACUGGAACAGAGCCAACUCACAAACAACAUGGACAUUUAAAUAACACACAAACUCCUGUUACAGAAAUGAGACUACCAUGAGAGCAGAGGAACCCAUAGAUUUGUAUUAGCUUUGUUUUUAUUUUUCUUGUGUUGUUAGCUCAAGCACUUUAUUGUAGAUGGAGAAGAGGAGACAUGUAUCUGUAAGGUUCUGAAGGUAGAGAUGUGAAAGCAGGGGGAGGGAUUUCUAAUCACUCCUGCCUCCCUCACCCUUAGAAUGUACCUGCUCCAUUGAUGGAACAGGGAACUUAACUGUGUGCAUGAUCAGCAGGUUGACAGAAUGCAUACAGUUCCCAUAAGGCAGAGCAACAGGUCAGGGAAACAUGGCUGUUUCCCUGUCCUUUAGGCCAGACACAUUGCCUAAAGCUCAGUUUUUGAGGCAGUGACUAUCAGAGAUUAGCUAAAUGUUUUACACAACCACUUGUACUUAAGUUUAAAUUCAUAUAGUUAAAGGGGCAUUCCACAGAUUGUACUAAUCAAGAUCAGUUUACUCAUCGCAUGGAGUCCUUCUCAGUCUGUGAAAACAGUGUUAUAUCUCUGACAGUAGCCAUAUAAAGCCAAAAAGAAAAAAAGAUGUCAUCAGAGUUAUCUCAGUUUGGGCCUGAGGCUUCACAUUUUUAACAAAAAGUCUGUUUUAUAAUUUGGGGGUGUGAAAACCGAAAGAUAUGAGCAUUUACCAGGCAUAUGUGGUUUAAUGGUAGAGUGUUAUUAUAGGAAAUGUAGGAUUGUAUUGUUUUUGAAGCUUGACCCCAUAUUAGGCAUUGAAUAUCUUGGCCUCUGCUGCUUUGAAUUUAACCUUUGUUUAUUGAUGGAAGUGUAACACUAAAUUUAUAGAAUAUUGCUGUAAUUCCAGGUACAGUUGUAGUUGGGUCUGGCUUGUGAAAAAAUUGGCUACAAUGUGAAUGUAGCCAGUAUAAAGCUGUUCUCAAGCAUCAAACAGUUUUUCAUUGAUUUUCCAUACAGAGAUGUCACUUGUUAAUGCAGAUAUAUAAAACUCACUCGUCACAUUGUUUCUGUUGCUAAUUAGGUUUGUAGGAGUGUAAAAGACCCAUGGUGACUUGCUGAUCAUGAUGCUCACAAUGAGGAGGGGUCACAGUUAAUUUGGGGUGAGGAUGGCUCAUUGCUCGGGUUGUCACAAAUCUGUAGACUGAAAUAUUCAGAAGACAACCAGAACUUGAGAGCCACUGUGGUGGUGGCAGGGCCUUCUCCUGUCACCAGGGUAGUGCUUAACAGCUAGUUCAGUGUCCACUUGAAACCCUGAUGGAGUGAGUUGUGAAAUGGAGUGGUAAUUACGUGACAAGUUACUUUGAAUAAGUUUAGUUUUACUAAAAAUAGCACCGCGUUUGUGUUUUGGCAGUAUCUGUAGCUUUUUUAAAAUAACGUGAUGUUUGCAAACGUGUAUAUAUUUGUAUGUGGUUUAUGUGGUUCUUGUUAUGAUUCUUUUCUCCUUUUUUGGGGGGGGGAUCAUAGUUUGAAUUUUGGGGCUGUCAGUGAUGCCAUCAGAUGCCCUGUCUAUCAAUCAAAGAGCACAAAUCUUUAUAUGUACAUAGAUGAAUAUUUGAUACAUUUUAUUCAUGUCUGCCAAGGGUUUGAUAAGGAAACAUUUUGGCACAACAGGGGUGUGCCAAAGAAUAAAAUAAAUCUCAUGGCAGCUCUGAAACUUUCCAGAGAACUCUUUCUACUAGGACUGUUCAUUGAGAUCAAGAGACACUUGUUCAGUGGAUCUACUGAUUUUCUAUGGUCAGCACUGCCUAGCUUCCGCUCAGUCCCUCUGCAUCCCUGCAGUUGUCAGCUGUCCUCCCAUCCUUGUAUGUACUGUAUGUAUGAGUGUAUAUAGCCUACACAUGUGCACUUGCCAGGUGUGCAUUAAGGCCAGUAGUGUACAGUUAACAAUGGAAAGGAGGUGCCUUCUUCUUGUAAAAGCAGACACACCAGGCCUUUUCCUCUGUACAGGUGUGAAUAAAUUUUUUUUCUGUGUACAUGCACUCACAGGCAUCCAGCAGAAUCUGGGCCUGUUCCUCUGAUGUACUGUUCUUUUUAUAGACAUAUCUCUGUUUCAGUUUCCCCUCAUCCUUAUCAUGAGCACUCUGAAACACAUGAAGCCUUUCGCUGCACACAGAGUGAAAAGGGAAAAAUAAAGCUAACAGAACCCCACCUGAAUCUAUAUACCAUUGUGUCUAUGGACUAGAACUGAUGGACAGUUUUAGAUAAAGCAUGGCAACAUUUUACUCUGUAGAACCUCUAGAAUCUUGAAUGUAUGUACCCUGUUGUUUUGCACCUCUCCAGCUUGAUCUGAAUGCAUUUUGAAAAACCCUGCCCUCAGUUCAAACCCUUAAAAUGCAACACUUUCCAGUUUUUCCAAGACAAUUAUACUUGUGUCUCUCACUGAGGGGUGGCUCUCUUUGUUCUUUAUGGAACUCAAGUACAGUCUUUGUUAUUAAAACAGAAAAAUGAUGUCUUGAUCUGUUUAAUUUUUUCAGUCCUUGUUUUUUGUAGAUUUUCUAGAUGUUGAGUUUGGAUGAAAAGAUCUCCAGUGAAAAGGGGUAAUGUGUAAUAAUGAUUAUAGCUAAUUGUUAGUCUUAGUCAGUUUCUAAUACAUUAUAAAGAAAAACAGCUUAAUAUAAAAAUAUUUAUAUAUAUACACACACAAAAUACUAUAUCACUGUUUAAAUCAUUUCAUGGUGUGUCUUCCCAAAAAGCCUAUAUUAGGGCUCAAUGAACAGGUCACGUUUUUGCCCUUUCCUUUAACUGUACUGUACCUUAUGUCAG